AUGCCACCACGGAAAAAGGCCAAGCGCGCGCACUCCACCACACCGCAAGCUGAUGCAGCGCAAUCGAGCGCGGACACGCCCGGUUCAAGCGACAGCGCUGGAAAGCCCGAAGCGGACUACGACAUCCUCACCGACCCAUGGACCGACGAACAAGAGACCGCGCUGUUAAAAGCGAUCAUAAAAUGGAAGCCUGUGGGUGUACACAAGCAUUUUCGCAUGCUUGCGAUCGCGGAGUUUUUGAAGAGCCAAGGAUACGGACCUAUUAAUGGGGACCAUUUGAACAUUCCCGGAAUUUGGAAGAAACUUGGCACACUUUAUAACUUAGAAGCUUUGGAUGAACGGGAGGACUCGGUGAUCGCAGAUUUAAAUGAAGACGAGGAUGGCGUGAGCGAGCGCUACUGUCCCUUCGAAUUACCUUACGACGAAUACGGCGAUAUGAUGUUCGAAAGGCGGCUGGCUACAGAGGGAUCCUUGUCCCCCGUCAUGAGUCGUCAUGCUGACUCUCGACGAGGAAGCACGGUCGCCGAUACAGAUGAAACACGCUCCUCUCCCGCGCCCUCUCGUGGGCGCAAAUCCACCCGCGGUACUCGUCAAACAGCCCGAGAAACUCGAUCGACCCGACUGCAGGUAGAGGUUGGCCCUGGAAGCCAGGGGAAAGCAUCCGAUCCUGAAGAAGAGUCCGAAGAGGACACUGGCAGUAAUAAAGAGGAGGAGGAAGAUGAGGGAGAAGAAGGCUCCGAUGAUGAGAAGGAUAGCGAGGGCGAAGAAGAAGCUGAGGCUGAAGCUGAGGACGAGAAGGGAGGAUCUCGGAGCACACGAGCUCAGACUUCUCGGACAAAACAAAAGGACAGCAAGUCUUCAGCGGGUACUUCUACUCGGAGAACUGGUCGGCGGCGUUGA